AUUUAAAGUAAUCAAAUACUACGAAUUGUGGCGUAUUUAAUUUUCGCUUUUUUUUAUUAUUGCUGCCCCGUAUUAUCAUUUACAGUAUUUGGUAACACUAUUGUAUCGCAAAUCAAUUUAAUGCCGACAUUUAAAAUUAUCAUCCACCGUCAUUCUUGACUUUCUUAUAAACAAUUUGUAAUCAUAUUUAAAAAAAAUACUAUUGAUACCAAAUACUUAAAAUAAUCAGUAAACGAUCUUUAUUUUUCCUUAAAAUAUUAUUAUGUUUCAAUACGUAAUUAUUAAAAUAUUAAAUUAUAAAUCUAGUCUAGAGCCAGUCAAUAUUAGAAGUACAACGGUAAUGUAGUAAUAUUAUGACACAAUAAGUAUGCUCAUAUUCUAAUGUUUCGUGUUUGGAAGGAAUUUAAGAAAUGAUGGCCAUUUCUUUAGUGCUGAAAUAUAUGUUGAUACUAUUGUGGCUAAUAUGUACAUUUAGUUCUAUAAUACUACUUUUCAGCAAGGGGUUAUUAUUGCAUAGAGAUGUAUUAGUUAAUAAAUCGAGUUGUGAUACUAAUGUUCCAUUCAACAUAAUUUCUCAAAGAUGUACUGCAACACAUAAUAAAAUAAUUUUAAUUCUAAUUGAUGCAUUGAGAUACGACUUCGUCACUCAAUCAGAUCAGAACAAACCAUAUACCAACAAAAUAACUGUUCUCAAAGAUGUAUUAUCCAGCUAUCCAAAUCAAUCUAGAAUGUACAAAUUUAUUGCUGAUCCUCCUACAACUACAAUGCAAAGAUUGAAUGCUUUAACAACUGGUAGUUUACCAACUUUCAUUGAUAUAGGCUCAAAUUUUGCAUCAGAAGAAAUUUCUGAAGACAAUGUUAUAGAUCAGUUAGUAAACAAUGGGAAAAAAAUAGUAUUCUUAGGAGAUGACACUUGGGCAAAACUAUUUCCAGGGAGGUUUUUUAGAAAUUAUUCUUAUCCUAGUUUUAAUGUCUGGGAUUUAGAUACUGUUGAUUACAGUGUUAAAACAAAUUUAUAUCCAGAACUAUUAAAAGAUGAUUGGGAUGUAUUAAUUGCUCAUUUUCUUGGUGUUGAUCAUUGUGGCCAUAGAUAUGGACCAUAUCAUAAAGAAAUGAAUAGAAAGCUUAGUGAGAUGAAUAUAAUUUUAAAAGAUAUAAUAAAAGAAAUUCUGGAACAGAAAAAUAUAAUUCUUUUUGUAUUUGGUGAUCAUGGGAUGACAUCAAAUGGUGAUCAUGGUGGGGAAUCUGAAAAUGAAAUAACAUCUGCUCUUUUUGUUUUAUCAUCAUCUCAAGAAUUGCAUCCUAUUAGUGAAAAUAAAGUUCAACAAAUUGAUUUAGUUCCUACAGUAGCAGUAUUAAUGGGCAUACCUAUUCCUUUUUCAAAUUUAGGAUCCAUUAUAAAAUCUGCUAUACCACAAAGUAUAAAUAUUGUUGAUAGUAUCUGGAAAAAUGUAAAACAAAUUAAUGAUUAUCUUUCAACGUAUUCAUUACAAAAUUUUGAACUUGAUGAAAAACGUAUGCAUCUUAUUAAAGACGCUUAUGAAAUGUUAAAUUUUCAACGUGAUACUACUUCAUUUGUAAAAAGUUGUGAACAUUUUAUGGCUAUAAGUAGAAGAACUUGUGAGGAAGUUUGGAUUCACUUUGAUGAAAAAGGAAUAUAUAAGGGAUUAGUUUUGAUGUUUCUAUCAUUAUACUUCAGUUUUCUCCUAGUUAGUUUUUCAUUAAGUAAUAAUGAAAUAAUUUCUGACAAUCAACUUUUUAUUGUACUAUGGUUAAUUUUGCCCGUGUCACUUUUUACUUUAUUACUGUAUUUUUGUAAAAUUAUUCAAAUUACCUUCGUUUUAUUUAUAUUUGGUUUUGUUGGAACGACAGUUCUUGGUAUCAGUUGUAUAAUGUGUUGGUCAACAUUGACAGAAGAUUUUCUUAGCACUAAAUAUCCAAAAAUACCAAUGCGGAUAUUUACAGUAAUGACUACUUUGGGGUUUUUCUCCAACAGUUACAUUGUUGAAGAACCAUUUGUAUUACAUACAACAUAUGCUCUAUUGUUAUCGUAUUUAGUGAUGAGGUUCAAAAUGGAAACUAAAAAAAUUUUAUUCCGAAACAAACUGAAAGGCAAACAGUUUUUAUUUAAAAAUUGGAUAACAUCUCUUAAUUGCAAAGUAAUUUUGUUAGCGAUUAUUUUAUGUGCUUUACUAAGAUUUUCACAUUCUUAUUGGCAAUGCCGUGAAGAGCAAAUAUGGUGCUUUGGAAAUGGAAAUCAAAUCAAAUCUGGAACUUCCCUACUAUCUAUUGUUGUUAAUUUAAUAUUCAUAAUAAUCAUUCAUAAAUUAUUAAAGCAUUCUGGUAAUUUAACAGGGUGCUCAUUAAAUGUUUCCUUGUCAUCUAUUUUACCAAAAGUUUUCACAGUGCUUUUAUCUGUCCAUUGGAUUUUAGAAUCAUUUCAAAAUGGUAAAAACGCCAUACCUUAUAUUGUCUAUAUACCAAGUAUAAUUCUGAUUCUUCUAGCUAUAUUAUUAUUUACAUUAUUUUUAAGCCCUUUGCUUGUUCAUUAUGUGGAUUUACAAAGAGAAAAAAAUAAUGAAGAAAAAAGUUUUCUUGAAAUUUUAUGGCAAAUGACUAAACAUUUAUUAAAAAUGGAUCUUGGACCUUCCAUUCAAGGAUAUCCAAUUGUAUAUGGUCUAGCCACAGUAUAUAGCGCAACAUUUUUGAUAUUAUCUAUAACUUUAUGUACAUUUGGAGGAUUACUAUUAGGGCAUAAAUAUGCAGUUACUGUUGUAUUAAUGAUUAUUUCAAUUUGGAUAAUGGCAAUGGUAGUAGCAGUUGUAAGACAUAAUAGAUGCUCGAAAAUUGAUGAAUUGUAUCAAGUUAGUUGGUUGUAUGUUUUAUUAUGGACGUUAUCUUCUUCUUAUUGGUUUUAUGGAACAGGUCAUAAUGCAUCUUUUACAGCAAUACACUGGAAUGCUGCAUUUGUUGUACAAUCAGACAUUCAAAAUAAUACUUGGAUCCCGGGUUUUUUUAUUUUAGCUAAUACAUUUUUUUCAAAUGCAGUUCAUGCCUUUUUACUACCGUUGCUUAUGAUAAGUCCAUUUACAAUAUGUGGAGUUUGUUCUGGACGAUCAUUACCUCUUAAGAAUAAAGAUGAACAAACAAUGGCAAGAGGAGAACUUUUAUUAGCAGAAAAUUCUAGAGAAAUGAUUUAUGGUGCAUUUAACCUGACAGUUAAAUAUAUUUUAAUUAAUUGUUUUAGGGUAUCAAUGAUAAUGGUUGCUGCAACAAUUCAUUCUAGGCAUUUAAUGAUGUGGAAAAUUUUUGCUCCAAAACUAAUAUUUGAAGGAAUUGCAGUUUUAAUAAUUACAUUACCUUUUUCAUUUUUGGGUUUUAUUUUAUUGUAUAGGGUGACUCAAAAAAUUAAUGUACUAUUUGAAAGAAUAAUAAUACAACAUUCAACAUAAAUUAACAAAUUUUUACAAAAUUUUCUAAUUUAUUAGUAUGUUUGGUAUUUUCUAAUCAUUAUUCUUCAUAAAAUUAUCUUUAUAUACCACUAGUUUUCUUUUUAGAGUUAUACAUAUUGAUGUAUAAUUCUUUUGCAUUUUUUCUAUUAAUAUUGUUAGAUAUAAAUUUUUUUUUUUCUAUAAAUAAUUAUAACUUUCCUUUAAAAUAUAUUUGCUGGUCUUUGUUUAUUCUUGUAAAACUAUAGAUGUUUUUUUAUAUAAAAUUUAUACAUUAAUUUAAGAGUGAUUAUUUUAGUGUUAUAAUUUAAUUUUUUUUUAAAGUAUCUAGUCAGUAAAGUAUUUAAUAAAACAUUUUUUCAUGUGUAAAAUGUAUAAACAUUUUUAUUUAAUGGAAUUUUUUUGUUAAGUUUAUGUCUAUAAUGUUAUAAAUAUUACUGGUAAAAACAUUUACUUAAACUAUACCAUAUUCUAUAAUAAACAAUAAAUAUUAUUUAUUUAAACCAUGGUCAAUUGAAAUUAACUAAGGUUAAAAUAAGUAAAUUGAUUGGAUCCUAAAGAAAUUGAAUUACUUGCAAAAAAAAAAAAUUGUUAAAAAUAAUUUUAAUAAACUGAAUUAUGA